AUGUUCGCUAGUGGUGCGUGUUCUACAGGCAUGUUCGCUAGUGGUGCGUGUUCUACAGGCAUGUUCGCUAGUGGUGCGUGUUCUACAAGCAUGUUCGCUAGUGGUGCGUGUUCUACAGGCAUGUUCGCUAGUGGUGCGUGUUCUACAGGCAUGUUCGCUAGUGGUGCGUGUUCUACAGGCAUGUUCACUAGUGGUGCGUGUUCUACAAGCAUGUUCGCUAGUGGUGCGUGUUCUACAGGCAUGUUCGCUAGUGGUGCGUGUUCUACAAGCAUGUUCGCUAGUGGUGCGUGUUCUACAGGCAUGUUCGCUAGUGGUGCGUGUUCUACAGGCAUGUUCGCUAGUGGUGCGUGUUCUACAGGCAUGUUCGCUAGUGGUGCGUGUUCUACAGGCAUGUUCACUAGUGGUGCGUGUUCUACAAGCAUGUUCGCUAGUGGUGCGUGUUCUACAGGAAUGUUCAAUAGUGGUGCGUGUUCUACAGGAAUGUUCGCUAGUGGUGCGUGUUCUACAGGCAUGUUCGCUAGUGGUGCGUGUUCUACAAGCAUGUUCGCUAGUGGUGCGUGUUCUACAGGCAUGUUCGCUAGUGGUGCGUGUUCUACAGGCAUGUUCGCUAGUGGUGCGUGUUCUACAGGCAUGUUCGCUAGUGGUGCGUGUUCUACAGGCAUGUUCACUAGUGGUGCGUGUUCUACAGGAAUGUUCACUAGUGGUGCGUGUUCUACAGGCAUGUUCGCUAGUGGUGCGUGUUCUACAGGAAUGUUCAAUAGUGGUGCGUGUUCUACAGGAAUGUUCGCUAGUGGUGCGUGUUCUACAGGAAUGUUCAAUAGUGGUGCGUGUUCUACAGGCAUGUUCGCUAGUGGUGCGUGUUCUACAAGCAUGUUCACUAGUGGUGCGUGUUCUACAGGAAUGUUCAAUAGUGGUGCGUGUUCUACAGGAAUGUUCGCUAGUGGUGCGUGUUCUACAACCAUGUUCUCUAGUGAUGCGUGUUCUACAACCAUGUUCUCUAGUGGUGCGUGUUCUAUGGGCAUGUUCACUAGUGGUGCGUGUUCUACAGGCAUGUUCACUAGUGGUGCGUGUUCUACAGGCAUGUUCACUAGUGGUGCGUGUUCUAUGGGCAUGUUCUCUAGUAGUGCGUGUUCUAUGGGCAUGUUCUCUAGUGGUGCGUGUUCUACAGGCAUGUUCUCUAGUGGUGCGUGUUCUACAGGCAUGUUCACUAGUGGUGCGUGUUCUACAACCAUGUUCUCUAGUGGUGCGUGUUCUACAGGCAUGUUCACUAGUGGUGCGUGUUCUACAGCAUGUUCACUAGUGGUGCGUGUUCUACAGGCAUGUUCUCUAGUGGUGCGUGUUCUACAGGCAUGUUCACUAGUGGUGCGUGUUCUACAACCAUGUUCUCUAGUGGUGCGUGUUCUACAGGCAUGUUCACUAGUGGUGCGUGUUCUACAACCAUGUUCUCUAGUGGUGCGUGUUCUACAGGCAUGUUCACUAGUGGUGCGUGUUCUACAACCAUGA